GGGUGGCGGGCUCCUGCCGGUUGUAGUUGCCGUCGCUGUAAUGGCUCCGCCGGUGCUGCGGCUGCUGUGUGUUCACGGUUACCGUCAGGACGGCAGGAUUUUCCGAGAGCGGACCGGCUCCCUGCGGAAAGCGCUGCGGAAACGCGCCGAGCUGCUCUACGUGUCGUCGCCGCUCAGGGUGCCCCCUCCGCUGGGGGCGACGGCUCAGCCUCCUGCAGCCGCCGGGGACGGGACUCAAAUGGGGGAAACUGAGGAAGAUGGCCGUGGCUGGUGGUUCUCAAACCCGGUUGAGGACAGUUUCAAUGCCUUGGAUCAUGUGGAGACCUGCAAAGGGCUUGAAGAAUCGCUGGAGACCAUCUCCAAAGCCAUGGCUGAAUUAGGCCCAUUUGAUGGUAUCAUGGGUUUCAGCCAAGGAGCAGCUCUUGUGGCAAUGGUCUGUGCCCUCAAACAGAAGGGAGACCCCAGAUUCCAGUUUGAUUUUGCAAUUCUUGUGGCAGGCUUUAAGAGCAGGUGUAAGCUCCAUGAGCAUUUCUAUCAGCAGCCCAUCGCUAUUCCGUCUUUGCAUGUGUUUGGUGAUACUGACCGGGUCAUCCCUGGAGAAUUGAGCCAGGACCUGUCCAAAUCCUUCGUCGAUCCUGUGAUUCUUACUCACACGGGAGGACAUUUUGUUCCCGUCUCUGCUCCUCAGAAGCUGGUUUACUCAGAGUUCUUGGAGAGGUUUCAGAAGAAAUAAUUCGAGCCUCAACUAGGUUUUAUCGUUAAGGCAUUUGUUUACUGGAGAUCUUUGAAAUGUGAUGCAUUUCCAUUUGCUUUAAAGAUGAAGAAAUAAUCCCAGAUAGUUCAUCCAGAGGGUGGUGAUUGUGGACGGGUAUGGAAGAAUACCCAAUUUAACAUAGUCUACCCAUUGUGAGAGACCCUGAGAACUCGUCUGAAUCCCUCACAAACAUAAAUUUCUCCUUAAUUAAUCCUGGCCUUGUCCAACACUUGUGGGCAUAUGAUUUUCCAAAGAGUCACUGGACCUUGAUCAGGAUUGGGAACUCAAGCUCAUCUUCCUCAGAACCAACCAUGAAUGAUUUUUCUGCCUUCUUUGCUGUGAGCCAUUGUCACAUUGCGAGCACCUAUCUUGUGCAAAUAAACCAUGUCAUUAUUUAGAAAAAAAGGAAAACUAAAGGACUAGACUUGCAUUAUUUUUUCUGUUGAAUGUGAGAAUCAUCGGUAAGCCCAGCAUUUUGUUGCUUGACCCUACUCAGCAUUUUUUACAACUGCUGGAUGUCUCAGUGGGUUUUUUAAAUUUCUUCUUUCACGGGUGUGCGCAUCACUAGAAGAACCAACAUCAGUUGCCCGUCCCUAAUCACCUUUGAACUUAAUGGCUUGCUCGGCCAUUUCAAAGGACAGUUAAGAGUCAACGAUGUUGCUGUGGAUCUGGAGUCAUGUGUCACAGACUGGGAAAGGAUGGCAGAUUUUGUUUCUUAAAGGACGUCAGUGAACCUGACUGAGUGACUGAUUUUUAAAACAAUUGAUGAUAAUGUCAUGAUCACCAUCACUGAGGCUGGGUUUAUGUUUUUGAAAACUUAUUGCCAGUUUUUAGGUCUUUUCUAAUCAACUUUCUCAGGGAGAUGUCUCUGGAGCAGAUAGGCCUUGAAUCCUGGUCUCUUGGUCCAGAGGUAGGGACUCUGUCACUGUGUCUGGUUUUUAAUUUGUUAGUUCAUUAGUUAAUUUGUGAUGACACCUCUAGAGUAGGUUGGACUUGAGCCUGCAUCUUCUAGCUCAGAGGUGGGUCUACUAUUCUGUUCCAGAUCUUAGAAUUUAAAUUCAAUUUAUAUCAGCUGCCAUGAUCUGAACCCAUGUCGCCACAGCAUUAGCCUAGGCCUCUCGAGUACUAGUCCAGUGACAUUACCACUGCAUCACCAUCUCCCUGUGAGUUUUCCACUCUCUUCUCCUUCGUGCACGUGGUCAUCUUGAACUGGGCCGACUUGAACUCAAGGUGGUAGGAAGCAGCUCUGGCAUAAGGUUGUCCAGCCACGCACCCUGAUUCACUUUAGUUCCCAUUAAGGUCACUGGCAGAUCUAUUUCCACCACAGCCAAAUACUGUAGCUGUGUUUCCAAGAUGCUUUGUUCAUUGGUGGUUCCCAAAUUUUUCCCUUUGAAGCUAGAGAGUGGGAGAGAUUGAGAGGGGGAGUCUGUUAGAAGGGGAGAAGGGCUAUUAUAGUUCAGUCAGAGCCAUCCAUUGCCAUCUCCGAAUUCACCACCUUGAUCUCACUUAAGAUCUUAGUGCUCCCCGAUUCCUACAUGCCUGCAUUCAAUUCCCAUGUGCUAUGUUGUUAACAUGCCGCUAUUACUCAGUUGCCAGGCAGGAAUAUGCAGCAGAAAAUGAUCAAAACAGGAGCAGAAGUGCAGCCUUGAGACUCUGAGCCUUUACCAUGGCCACCUGUCUGGUUAGGCAAGCUAAAUGCACGUUAAACUCCUUCAGGGCUUCUUGUCAUCAAGCAGUAAGAUUCCCUGCCAUUUGCGAGUUGAACUUAAUCUUGGCAGAAAGGGAUGCUGUUUGUGGAGGUUUGAAUCACAUUCUGUUAAAUCUGGAGGUGAAACUCCACCUGAGCCUAUAUGCAUAGCAUCCAAAACAUUGAGGGAAACAGAAUCGGACGAGAAUGGAGAAUAAUGCCCUUUUAUCCACAAUCUUCCAUCUUGGUAAUGGGUGAAAAUAAGUGAAGGGAAGUGAAAAUUAUUAAGUGUUUUGGUGCAUAAGGAAGAUGAUACAAGAGACUCAUUGGGACAGUCUGAUGCCUGAGCAUGUUCUGUGGAAUGGGAAGACAGAGGACCAUGUGUGAAGUUGGGUUAUUUGGCUUGUCUUGCCUGUGCUGGUUUUUUGGUGGAGCUUCCCAGCUGGUUUCCUGAAUGUUUUCCAUUCGAGCGUUUAUCGAGCUCACUUCUGAACAUUUCUGUAAUAUCCUGUUUUCAACACCCUUCCGGGCAAAACAUUCCAGAUCAUAAUAACCUCAUUGUGUAAAAUAAAAGUUUCUCAAUGCCACCUCUGAUUCUUUUGCGGAUCAGUGUAAGCCUGUUUCCUAUUACUACUCAGCCUCUAAUACUGCAAAUGACUUCUUAUUCCUUCUAACAAAAUCUUUCAUAAUUUUAAAUACCUCUAUCAAAUCUUCCCUUAGCACAGAAACUCAGAAUUGUUGUGCUGCAGAGAGGGGCCCAUCAUAAACGCACUGCCUCUGCACAUGAGCAUCAUGAAUUUGUGUUAUUCUUCUGCUUUUUCCAAUUGCCCUGCACAUUGUUUCUAUUUAAGUAAUCAUCCGUUGUCCUUUUGAAUGCCUCAUUUAAACUUGCCUUCAUUAUAUUUUCAGGCAGUGUUUCCUGAUCCAACCUAGUUGUUGUGUGAAAGUUUUUUUUUAAAUUCACCUUACAUUUACUUCCUUUGAAAAUAAUUUUAAAACUCCUCUUUUGUUUGCGAUCCUUUUAAAAGCAGGAACAGUUUGUCUCUAUCUACUCCGUGCAGUCCCCUUGAUUUUGAAAAUCUCUAUCACAUCUUCUCGUUGCCACCUUCGCUCCAAGGAGAAUUGUGUCAACCUCCUCUGUCCUCACAAUCCUUUCUCUAUUAACUUCAACAUUGCUCAUUCUCCUGCUGGCAUGUACAAGAAUUCCUUGACAGAAAGUACCAUAGCCUCCUCUGGCAUUCAAUGCCUCCCCUUUCCCCUCUCAAUCAACUCUUCACCCUCCCCUCUGCAAUCUCCUCCAAAAUCCCCUCCUUUUAAUAGCAGACUUUUCACCUCUCCCAAGGUUGUGUUUUGCUCUCCAUCUAACUGGACCUGGCAGAUUCUAAACUGAUCCACUCUGAAGGACAGAAGAUGGUAAACUAGUUCAUGAAAGCUUGAUGUGACACUGUGCUGUGGAGAGCUAUUGAGUAAUAAUUGCCCCCAUACACACCCAAAUAAGGAGGUAAACUGUUUGGGGAGGGAGAAGUUUGUAUUCAUCUGGUCUCAACAAGGACACCUUAUUGAGAGAUGACCGAGGCAGAACUGGGGCACAGCCAGCCAAUGCCUACUCAUUUAGGGUGCCGCAUCUGUUGGGCUGAACUGAAGAUGAUCUAAAUGGAAGAAGAAACCUCACUUGUCUGCACUGAAACUUAAGAAAGGUCGGUAGAUAGCUUUUUAAAUUAUCAAGGUUAUUUUGGAUCGUUGAUGGCUAGAAGUUGAGGAACCAGUCAGUUGUGAUCUAUUUGAAUGGCAGGGCACAUUGGAGGAGCCUGCUCCUGUUCCUCUUGUUGUGAACUGCUGGUUGAUGCGGUUAUUCUCACCCAUAGCUGGCAAGUUGCACCAGCUGGUUUGCUUGUGGGUACUCUUCCCCAUGAACUAACAGAUCAUCCCUCUUGCUAGGUCCCAGGCUAUGUAAGCUAGACACACUGCAGACUCUGAACAAGCACAUCCACUCUUCCUUCUGUCUUUGGCUCCAUUUAUGAUGGAUUUAUUUGGAAAUGGAAGGUGACAGGAAAUAAACAGGGACCCCCAGAGAGAUACCUGCUAACAACCUCACAGCAGAUGGCUUGAUGUAUUGAACAAUAAUUUGAUAUAAAAUCAAAUGAUUCCUAUUAGAGUGACAGUCACUCAACGAGGUCAUACCAUCAAUUAUGGCAGAAGCAGAAACUUGCUCUGUUUGUAAAACACAUUCUUUUGCAGUCGUUUGACUUUGGUUUCUCCCUCACUUUAACUCUGUUCAGAACAGUAACAGAAACAUCGUCUCUGUGUCUACUCCAUCAAUUUAAAGAGCGCUAUCAUCUUCAACUGUCGUCUCUUUUCCAAAUCAGAGCGGCAGCUCGAUCAUAUAAACACCCACUGUUUAUGUAACACGCACACAGUGGGGAGACUCCUGUUAGAGAGAUUCAGGUCAGAGUUCAUUGUAUAAACAAUUGUACUGUUAUAAAACAUUGUACAUUUUCCCCCGUUUCUUAUUUCAAUCAUCAUUUGGCAGUAGAUGGUUUGGGAUGUCCGCAUGUGAUGAAAGUCUCUAGUAAUCUCUAGUACAGCACCUUUGAGUGUAGUACAAAGUCCCAGGAUGCUUUACAGAGUCACUAUCUGAGAAAAAUGGGCGCUGUAGGAAAAGAGGAGCUAUUGAGCAGAAGCCUGGUUGAGGAGCUGCUUUCUAAGGAGAGCCAUAAGGGAGGCCACAGGGACGCCGAGGCAGAGCCCUGAGGGAAUCAAAGGGUCUGAAUGGAGUCUUGCUGUUUGCAGUUGCUUGAAGAAUUGGGUCUGACUACUUUGUGCUUUUGCAGCUUUUAAGAAAUCCUUGUACUCAAAUGAAGUGAAGGAGUGGGUGCGAGGAACAUUGUCCAGGGCUUGUAAAUUUCCCACGUAAUUGCAAAAAUAACAUGAUGAUCCUGUCGGUAUAUUUGUUAGCCCAAAAGCAUAAAUUAUGCUUGUAAUUCUCAAUAAUGGUGUAACCUGCAAUUAAAUUUUGCAAGUAUAUUUAUUUUCUAAAGUGUGGAAUGGAUCUAACUUCUCAUGUCUUCUGAUACUGUUGGUACCUGUUGCACAAGUAAAGCACAGUCAAAUUGUUGUUUCAA